AUCCUGUCUCGUGGGCGGUGUCCAGUGGGGGAGUGGGUAGUGAUGGUGGCAGAGUACCAGCCCGAGUGCCGCCCACUAACAUGCCCGCUGGGAAUGCUGGAGCACCAAGGGCAAUGCGUCAACCUGACGGACCGCACCGUGUGUGACGGGGGGCAAGUCCUGUACGUUGACCAGACAGGCUCCACGUUCUGUGACUGCGUUAAUGACUACUUCUACUACCCGUGGGACGGCCAGUGCUACGCGCGCCAGGAGAGAGGCCCCUGUGACUUUGGCUUCUACCUGGAUCUCGACGAAAACGGCAGUGUGGAUUGCGUGCCAAACUUCUGCCAAGUGGACGAUUUCGUGAAGAAUCGAACGACUGGAGGGUGUGUACGCAAAGGCUACGUGGGUUACUGCCCCGAGGACAGACUGCAGUUCCACGAAAACAAAGAGAUUUCAAAAUGUGUUCUCGUCGAUGUCAGGACCAUCUUUGGCCCGGCAGUCACUCGCCCCUGCCGCCCCGGUUCGGGCCGUGACCGCUUCGGAAGAUUUCGAGAAGAGUACGUGAUGCCCAGCUUCAGAGCCUGAAAUAUAUUGGCGCCUACAGAGUAUAUGGAGGUUGUUAACGCCGCACCCUGUGGCCCAAACACACACACACACACACACACACACACACACACACACACACACACACACGCAGGCACGCACACACACAAUAACCACAAUCACCCUCGGCCAAGAACAGCCAGGUGGUGCAGACAACCAAGCUCCUUGGCGUAACCAUUAUCAACGAACUCAACUGGAAGGCUCACGUCACCACUGUCACCAGAGCUGCUACUUACCGCCUCUGCCUCCUCAGGCGACUAAAAUCUCUGGGCGUUCCUCCCUGUGAGCUCAUUCAUAUCUACAAAGCCUUCAUCCUCCCAAAGCUCACGUACGCCUCACCUGCCUGGUCACCCAAUCUCACGACAACCCAGAGAGAGUGCAGAAGAGGGCAUGCAAGACAAUACCGGCACAACCUGCACUACCUACGAGGAGGCACUUCAAGCCCUGGGCCUGCCCAAGUUAGGUGACCAAUUUGUCAAGACAGUUGAGAGGUUUGGACAGCGGCUCCUCGCCCACCCCUCCCACCGCACCCUCCUCCCUCCCCCAGCCCCUCUUCCUCAAAGGUCAAUGAGGCAUGUCAACCGCUUAAUUCUCGUAAGGGGAAGAACAGAGAGAUACAAGAAUAGUACCAUCCCCACCAUAGUCAACAUCAUCAAAACGCCCUCCCCAUCGCAAACUUAGAUGGUUUCCCAAUCUGUACCUCACAGUACAUAUUGCCCCUUGUGUGUGUCAGCUCUUUUGUUGAUUGUUACCUUGU